ACCUGCGGGGCUGCACGGCCCGGCCGGCCAUGGCCGCGCUCCUCGGCCUCGUUUUGUUCAUGUAUUUCCCAUGUAUAUCUACUGUCCAGACUGCUGACUGUCUGCAUUUGAGGGAGCAGUGUAUAAAUGCUGCAAAUGGAUGUGAGAGUGUCUGGAAUGUUGUUGAAGAUGCAUGCAAUAUUUCAGAAUAUUUGGAGUCUUUCUCAAGAUCAGACACUGAACUGAGUUUUAGGCAGCACAGAAACCCCAAAGACAAAAGGCACUCAGAAGAAUUGGAGAACGAUUGCCGUAUUGCAAAACAACACUGUCGAGAGGACCCUUCCUGCUUUGCCCUGUACAGGAGCUUCCAGAGAGCAUGCCAGGCAGAUGCAGCAAAGUGCAGGUUUCCAAUGGUCAACCAGGAGUGUUUGUCAGCAUGGAAAGAACUGAUGAAAACAGUGCUGGGACAGUGCAAGUGCUCAGAGCCACUUCAGAUGAGAUGCAUUAAAAUAUGGAAGGGAAUAUUUAACAACCGUUGUUUACAAUACUCUCAAGAGAGCCAAGCUUCAGCACCCAGUGGACAUGAUGACAACAGUGAUGAUGAUGACUAUAAUGCUGAUGUUGAUGAUGAGAAGAAUCUGGUCACUGACACAGACAAUAUUAGUAUGGAAACCAAAUUACAAUGGGGUUUAUCUGCUCUCUCGAAACAAGUGUACACAACAAAUAGAACCUGUUUGGAUGUGAACAGGGAGUGCGUUGAAGAUGAAGUAUGUAACAAACAGUUGUCCCUGUACCUUAAAGUUUGCUCAGUAAAUAAGAAGUGCAACAUGGAAGAAUGCCAAGCAGCCCUAAGGUCCUUCUAUCAAAACAUGCCUUUCGAAGUUGCUCAAAUGAUGAUAUUUUGUGAUUGUAUCCAGCAUGAUGAAUCCUGCCACAGAGCCAAAGAACUUCUCCAUGGCAAGCCCUGUGCAGUUACUGCAGUUCAAGCCCCAUCGUGCCUGAAUGUAAUCCAUAUGUGUGAAGAGAAUGAAUUGUGCAGGAAAAAAUACACAUCUUUUCGGUCAAAGUGUUGGAGACACGUGACAAAAAAAUGCUACGAGGAUGAAGCUUGUCUUGAAACUUUAAUCAAGGAUGACAUGCCCUGUUCUGCAAAUGCUGAUUGCAAAGCAGCCUACAUUAGCAACUGGGGCACAAUGCUGCACGUGGAGUGUACCUGCCAGAAUCUGCCUCCCAUGGAGCAGUCUUUGUGCAAGCUCUUCCAUCACAUGCUUCACAGCAAAUCCUGCUUCAGUGAGUUACGUCAAAUUUCCAUUCAGAAGAAUGGUUUUGGCUGGGUAAAUACAGAAAUGCCAGGGAAGAAGCCUUCUGGAGCACAGCUCCAUUCUUCUGCAAUUAGUGGUGAAACAGUCUACAUUAUUGCCUACUCCUCCUGCAUAGCUCUCAUAUUAGGAAUAGUCCUGUUGACUCUCCUCAACAUCAGGAAAGACCCGAAGUGCCUUAUUCUCCCCUUGCACUGUACUGGGAGUCAUGGUCCCUAACACACCAUUCUGGAUCCCACUUUCUGGCUAUGGGCUCUGGACUUCUCUCUGUAGCUGAGUUGUUUGGCUAGAUUUAAGCUUCUAUUUGUUACCAGUGAGUGGUCUUUGUCAAAUCUUGGUAACAAUCUGGUUCUGGUGAGCACGGGAUAAUGCACUGGCAUUUCUUAUUCCACUGUUAUCAAUGAGUAGCACAUGUAUUGUCUUGUUAUAAUAGCAUCUGAUUGAUUAAUUUUAUUUUGAAUGUGAUUAAUUUUAAUUUUGUUUGAAUUAUCACUAACUAAAUGUAACUCAGCUCCAGUUUUGAGUAUGACAGAUGACUGAUCUAGGGCUAGAAAUUUAUGUGAGCAGAAAAGCAGGGAUCUCUACUCUUUAAUGUGUCUUUUGCUUCUUACUUUGGUAGCUUGUGAAAUGAUUAGUGUGAGAGCAAAAUCUUAAGUGUGCAGUUCUGUUGGGGAAAGGUUUAGAAAUUUUUAACAACUAUUAAAAUAUGCAUUUUCCCUGUCUUUAUCAUCUGCAUAAACCAAAAAAACUUGUUCUUGUUUUGCAGUCAAAUGUUUUGUCAUUACUAAAUCAGCAUUUGAACAAAAAUACAGAAAAAUGCAGUUAUUUCGUUAAUUAAAAAGAUCUCCUUUGGCAGUCCAGCAAUUUGCAGUACUCAGCUCACCUCCCAACAUAUAGGUAUUUUAAAGUGGUAUAUUCAUAUUCUUCAUCCUAAAACUGUGAAGGAGAAAACUGAAAAUACUGUUGAGAAUAUGUUCCCAUCCGUGUUGGAUAAAAACAUUUCUUUAUGUAGGAAAUGUACUUAUGACAUGAACCUUGUGCUGGUUUUCAGUCUGACUUCAAAAAACAGUGAUGCAAUGCUGAAGCCUCCAUGUCACAAAAUUUGAAGAGAGCCAUUUAAAUACAGAUUUAACUAAACUUUAGUCAACAACAAAAAAAUCUCGUUCUUAGAAACUUUUUGUUUUCUAAUUAUCUUAUAUUUAGACACUAGAAUUCCAACUCAUAUAUGUGCUUAGACAUACUCAUACUCACAAACAAAUAUAUAGAACAUAUUUCAAACUGAGGGUAAGUAUGUGAAUUACUCUGAAAGACAGCAAGAUAUUUAGUGGCUGUCGUGUUGCUUCUGUGAUUUUACAGGCUCUCUUCAUUAGAGAUGAAUUACAUGCUUAAUGGAAAAAGUACAUUUCCUCCAUUAUGCAUGCAAAAAGUAUUAUUGUGAUCCAUAUUUCGUAGUGAUACUGCAUUCUGUGAAUUGUAUCUAGGUGAUAGUUAUUAAAUAAAGGAAUUUCUGCUGGGAUGAUCUGUAUUCAGGUGAUCAUGAUUAAACUCUGCUUCAUGAACAGUUUUGUGAUCAUAGAAUCAUAGAAUUGUUUAGUUUGGAAAAGACCUUUAAGAUCUUUGAAUCCAAUCAUGAUGGAAGAAAAAGCAGUAUUUUUGUAAGAGCUUCAUCAUUAAAAAUAUUUCCCCUGAAAUAUGACAUCUUCCCAAAUGAGGAAAAUUAAGUCUCAUUGAUGACUUGGAAUUCCCAGGACAUAGGGUCAUUUUGGGUAAGGAUGUGGCAUUUAUCCCCUUUCUGUUGGUGCUAGGACUUUGCAAAGUGAAGACAUGAAGACUGAUAGGGCUAGAGGAAGAGAGCAUAAAUUUUUGCCUUACAGCACUGUCAUUUGAAAGGGGGAAUACUGGGUUUGUAUUUUCUUUGAGAUUGUUUAUGUAUUUUAUCUGAAGAUUGUUCCGAAUUAAUUGUGUAGAGUUUUUGAGACAAGUACACAGGAAUAGCUCUUUUUUUAUGCAGCAUUAAAGCUACAAGGCUGUAAAGUCCAAGUCUCCACUUUUCCUGUCUUGCCACAGUGAGUCUUGAAUUCUUCAAAAUGAAGAUUUUUCCUUGGCCAUUCUCACCUGUUUGUGUGGUGAGAGAAUGAGCUGCUUGGACAGACAGACGUGAGCUUGACCUUUUCAGGCUGUUGUGGCAAUCGCAUCCAGGUACUCUGAGUUAGAUGUCAGCUCAAGCUAGUAACACAGAAGAUGGAUGGAAGUAGUAUCAACACCGUCCCCAGAAUGGUGCCAUAAAACAUAGAACACCAUUCAGUUCUCUUAAAAAUUACUGUGGGUGUCUUUCCACCAGGGAAAAUACAAACCAUUGCAUUCAAACUAGUGAAAAUAAUUAACUGCAGCUUAUGCUGAGGCACUUCAAUAGUAGCACGGGGUAGAGAAUUUUGCUGCUGACUUUGCCAAGAAAUCUCCCUGAUCAACAUGUUGAUGUUUCAGACCAUAUACUGAAGUCAUUCAGUCUCCCAUGAAGUGUGUAGGGAGUCUUCAUCAGACAUCACUUAGAGGGCACAGAUUUCUACUCUGCUUUGGAAUAUGUGAAGUUAGAUAAUGCCUCAUGGAAUUUUUUUCAACUCCUACUCCCGGCUGUAGCUUUUACUGUUUAGUUAAUGCAGGAAAGAAAUGUUUCCCUAGUAACUUAAAAGAGAUUUGUCUGUUAUAAAAGCCCACAGGAAUGCCAGAUAAAAAGGUAAUCCUAAGAAAAAGCACUCAAAAUUGAUUACUAGAUAACAAAGUCAAC